CCGUCUGAAUUCAAAGCCGAGUUCCCCUUCGACUCUCACGGUUCAAUCGCACUUCACCGCUAUGCCAGAGCUGUGUGAUGAGCGCCUCGAUGAACUCCUGAAAGAAGCGGCAAGUCGCCUAGCGACUAAACAAUUGUCGCGGCCGAAGGAUUGCAGCUUGAUCGCCAUCGCGGCCGCGCCUGUCGAUCCGACUCUGGAAUCAAAGGCCCAGCCCAAAGCGCAAGAGUCGAAAAGCAUUACGCUUCGCGAUCCUAGGCCAGCGGAGGACAAGAUACAUGACAAUGCUGGCCCAGGCUGGUUUGGGAUUCCUAAGACGGAUCCCAACGACCCCGACCUGAAACGGGAUUUGCAGAUCCUCCAUAUGAGAGGAACUGCCAUUGAUCCCAAGCGGCACUACAAGAAGGAGUCACUAAAGGCCAAAAUGCCGCGGUAUGCCCAUGUGGGACGCAUCGUUGAAGGCCCUACCGAAUUCCAUAGCGCUCGCUUGACACGCAAGGAGAGGAAGCAGACGCUUGUGGAUGAGCUGCUUAGCGCUGAAAAAGCCUCGGGCAAGUUCAGAUCCAAGUACGAAAAUAUCCAGGUGAAGAAGGCAAGCGGCAGAAAGGCGCACUACAAGAAAUUGGUUGAGCGCCGCCGGCGCAACCGUCAUUAAGCAGAACACUCAAUACACAAUACCCAGUCCAGAUUACCCAUCGUCCCA